UUUUUACAGAAUUCAACGACACUAAACAACAUUCUUAAUAGCACAUUUUCAUUCAUUCUUAUUUUCGCUAUAACUGACAGUUUCGUGUCAUCUUUGACGCCCUCCCACCGGAAAAGUCAGCGGCCACACUGUGGCACACGGCUCAUCUUCGAUUAUCUAAAUAUUUAUCUUUCUUCCAAUACUGUCUAACCCUUUACAGAUUUAUGCAUUGUAAAUGUGAGACAGGGACUGUUAGGAAGUGAUACUUGAUGCAGGAAGUGAUUUGAUUAAUCCAUCAUGGGAGAUGAUCAUAUAGAGGUCGGACGGUUGAAGGAUUUAGAUUAUUUUCACCCAGACUUGGACAGACAUAAAGCUGAAGCUAUAUUGUUACAGAAUGGGCAAGAUGGUACAUUCCUUGUUAGAAAUAGCUCAAAACAAAAUGAAUAUGCUGUUUCAGUCAGGGCAGCAGAUGCAGUAAAACACUUUAAUCUUACCUGGCGAGAUGGCGCGUUUUAUUUUGGUCAUGGAACUUACGAGACUUGUGAUGAUUUGGCGUACCACUUCCGUAACCAGCCAAUGCUUGGAGGUGAAUCAGGUCAGACAACACUAAUGGUUGAUCCAUACCCAAGAUGUGUAUCAGAACCUGCCAUUUAUGGUUCUGUCAGAGUACAUGCAGAGUACAGCACAGGAGAUGUUGUCCCUAGAACUGACUUCUCUAUAAACUCAAAAGACGGCUAUUUGACAAAAGUUGGUGCAAUAUUUAAGACAUGGAAGGUACGUUGGUUCGUUCUACAGAAGAAUGAGCUGAAGUAUUUCAAAGAUUCUUCAAGGAAAGAUCCUAUACGAGUGCUCGAUCUAGAUGAAUGUAAGGAAUGUGCAUUUGAAGGGAGCUUCAAGGGCAAGGACCAUGUUUUCAGAUUAGUAUUUGAUUGGAGAACAUUUUACCUUUUUGCUGCAAAUGAAAAAGAAUCUAAGGAGUGGGUGAAGCUGAUCAACUGGAGACUGGAACAGAAAGUCAAACACUAACACAUCUUGGAAAUUAUGGAACAGAUGUCUAAAGAAUCGUUUUAUUAGAUAAUGGAGGAAUUCAUACAGUAUAGGCUGUGGUGAUGGUACUCAGCAUAGGAUUUGCUAGCUGUUCUGUUCAAGCAUAGGCUGUCCUCGCAGUUCACA